AUUUAAAGGGUACACGCAUGUAAAACCGGUUUAGAUGAUAAAGCACUUGAGAAUACAAAACAGUAUUUACUGACUGACAACUAAAUGACAGCAGUGGCUUUACCCUCACAGACUGAAAGUACAUUUUAUCUCAGUUGACCUAAAUGCUGUACAAAUCAUAGAACAUUUGUUUUUACCCUACAAUUCUUAGUCAAGUCUAACUGCAGGAAUUAAUAAGGAGUUUUUAAUUGGUUUACAAUUUGCAUUAGCAAGAAGUGAGCUGUGGGCUUUGAAGUCACGUUUUUACUGCAUCAAUCUCAAACUAAAAAGUGAAAUCAACAACAACAACAACAUAACACCGUAGUACUACUAUCCACAUUACACAUUCUCACUGAGUUAAACAGAAAGCUGGCUUAUCACACGACAGAUCAUACAAAGCAGUGACUAUCAUUUCGCAUGCGAUAGGACAUUGCGCCUAUCAAUCAGAAACUGUCUUUGAGUGACAUUUGAUGCCUCGGUGCUUUCUAAACAUGUCCUUUGUGCGAUUGGUUGUUUCCAUGCCUUCUGGCGGCUGGUGUGGUUUUUUUGCAUUUCGAUUUGACGUGCGGUGAUGUCAGUCAAGGGUGUUCGCUGCAGAAUUGCAGUUUGCUAUCCGCGUUGAAGGUGGAGAGGAGAAGUGGAGGAGGAGAUAUAAUAAACAAAAACAAUCCGUGCUGGUCGCCAUCUUGAAUCUGGUCAGUUUCGCUGAAUGAGAGAAAAAAAAAGACAGGAGGAAUAAGAAACUGUAACACCGCCAAGUAGAUGACAGCAGUAGCGUUCAUCAACUUCCCAUUCAAAAACAAAACAACCUCGUAUUCAAAGCGUACACCUUUUGACCAUUUAUAUUGUGCGGUUUGUUGUAUCUACAAGAAUAAAGUUACUGAGAGUGGAGUUUAAAGCAUUUAAUUUAGACUUGACAACCAAGAAGUCGAGACGAGAGAGCGACAUCAGGAAUGUGCGGUUUUUUUGUUUUUGUUUUUGUUUUAUCUUCUAACACAACAAAGGAAAACCAGCUUUCGCUUUUUAAAACGAUGAACCCUUUGGUUUUCAAUGAUUGCGAUAUGUUUUUUUUUUACUCGUAACUUGUGAAAUUGCGGACUUGACAGCAAAAAGAAGAAACGUUUUUCAGGACAAGGACCUCUCACGGAUAAAGUGGAUUUUGAAAGUAAUCUCUUCCAGACAAUUAUUUACACAAGAAGUGUAUCCAGAAUUCAUAAAUGUGAAUGUGUGUUGUUAUCACCUUACAUUGAUUAAAAUGAUGAUGUUACACUAGUGUCAGAAUCCAUUAGGAACUCGGGAUAUGAAAUGCAAAUCCUAAAAUGCCACCGGACUGUACGGAGAUGUCUUUUUAAUCUAUAUUGCUGCUGGAAUUAAUUCAAUACAAAAAAACAAAAACAACAACAAAAAUAAAAAUAGAAAAAAAAAAUGUUUGUUUAUUAAUGCAAUAAAACAUUCACCGAAUAAGGUGUGUUGUGGCAUAUUUUGAACGUUUUCUUUUUGCUUGGUUGUAUCAUCGAUUUCGUCUAUUUGUAAUCGUUGGAUGCAACAAGCUACGAUGUGUUCUGCAAACGAUUCUAUCUAGGUAGUAUACAUGUAUUUUGAAUCUGUGGAUUUGUCAACAUCUUGCAAUUUGAAAGGGGGGAUCUUCAACAAGUGUAUAUCUGAGGAUAUUUUAAAACAUGCCCAAAAUGCUAAUGCAUUCAUCCAGCCAAAUGACACAUGUCUUUUGAGUUCAUUUCUGUGCAGAGAAUCCAGAAGGGGGCCUUUCUUGCAAGGACCUGGGCUUUUGCCAACGUCAACUUAUUUGUCAAAAUAUUUUUUUCUUAGCAUUGUUUGGAUUUGUGGAUUUUAAGCGUGAUAUUUGCAUAAAGAACACAUGUACCCAGUUAAAUUGAAAUAAAAACAUUGAAUGCGGAUGGACAUCCUUGGCUUUUGAGGGUGAUAUCAUUUUUAGGAUUUUAAAACAAGGAUUUGUACCGGCUUGAAAAUGGGAGCAGCUACAAAACUAGCCUUUGCAGUGUUUCUCAUCUCGUGUUCCUCAGGUGCAAUCCUUGGUCGAUCAGAGACACAAGAGUGUAUUUUCCACAAUGCCAACUGGGAGAAGGACAGAACAAAUCGCAGCGGCAUUGAACCUUGUUUUGGUGAGAAAGAUAAAAGACGACACUGUUUUGCUACAUGGAAAAACAUUUCCGGAUCUAUUGAGAUCGUCAAGCAAGGCUGCUGGCUGGAUGACAUCAACUGCUAUGACAGAAAUGACUGUGUGGAAAAGAAAGAAAGCCCGGAUGUGUUUUUCUGCUGCUGUGAAGGCAACAUGUGUAAUGAGAGGUUUUUUUAUACCCCAGAAACUCUGGGCACUCAGCCAACAUCCAACCCGGUUACACGGAAGCCCCAGCUGUUUAACAUACUGCUGUAUUCAUUGCUGCCCAUCAUGGGGAUAGCCAUCAUUGUCAUUUUCUCAUUCUGGAUGUACAGGCAUCACAAACUGGCAUAUCCUCCAGUACUAGUUCCGACUCAACACGCCUUUCAUAUAAUGAUAGAGGAUCCAGGGCCACCACCACCUUCCCCUAUACUCGGACAGAAGCCAUUGCAGUUACUGGAGAUCAAAGCAAGAGGGCGCUUUGGCUGUGUCUGGAAAGCACAGCUAUUAAGUGAAUAUGUGGCUGUCAAAAUAUUCACAAUUCAGGAUAAACAGUCAUGGCAGAAUGAAUAUGAAAUCUACACCCUGCCUGGAAUGAAACAUGAGAAUAUCCUUCACUUCAUUGGUGCAGAAAAGCGAGGCACUAACAUUGACGUGGAGCUUUGGUUGAUAACAGCUUUUCAUGAAAAGAGUUCAUUGACUGAUUAUCUUAAGGCAAAUGUUGUCACUUGGAAUGAGUUGUGCCAUAUUGCUCAAUCCAUGACAAGAGGACUAUCUUAUCUUCAUGAAGAUAUACCAGGCCUAAAAGAAGGGCACAAGCCAGCCAUAGCCCACAGGGACAUCAAAAGCAAGAACGUGUUGCUGAAAAACAACUUGACAGCCUGUAUAGCUGAUUUUGGGCUGGCUUUGAAGUUUGAAGCUGGGAAGUCUGCUGGUGAUACUCAUGGUCAGGUCGGCACUCGCCGAUAUAUGGCUCCAGAGGUACUUGAAGGGGCAAUAAACUUUCAGCGGGACUCUUUCCUAAGAAUAGACAUGUACGCAGUGGGUCUGGUGCUGUGGGAACUGGCAUCGCGAUGCACAGCUGCUGAUGGUCCUGUUGAUGAAUACAUGUUGCCAUUUGAAGAGGAAGUGGGCCAGCACCCAUCUCUGGAAGAUAUGCAGGAGGUUGUGGUUCAUAAGAAAAUUCGACCCAUAUUGAGAGAGUGUUGGCAGAAACAUGUGGGAUUGGCAAUGUUGUGUGAAACUAUUGAGGAGUGCUGGGAUCACGAAGCUGAAGCCAGGUUGUCUUCUGGCUGCGUUGAGGAACGAAUCAUUCAGAUGCAAAGACUGACAAACACCAUUACCCCAGAGGACAUUGUUACAGUGGUCACUAUGGUGACAAAUGUAGACUUUCCACCAAAAGAAUCUAGUCUAUGAUGGCUGCAGUGGUCAAAACAGAAGUAUACCCUGACCAAUCAGACUCUAGUCCAGAGCUGCUAAACUAACUCAGCCGGUUACCAUUAUGACUUAAUAUUGUGUUCUUGUGUGCAGCACAGUACUUCAGCCAGUGCAGACUGAGGGGGAAAAAAAAGAAUGGAGACUUUUCUACAAUGGAAUAGCACCAGAAAAACAUGUUUGCAGUUGUGUGUCUGAAGACUUACACUUGGGUGCUGUAAACCAGGGGGGAAAUCCAUUCAGGAUCCUUUAAAUAAGAAGGGCAAAAAUGGCCAUCGCCUGCAUUGCAAGGACCUUGUAAUUUAAAUAAAGAAACUGUCUUCAGAUAUUAUUUUGGUAUCUGACUAAAAAAAGACUUCAUCAAAUGGACAACUGCUAGUUUUUUAAGAAAACAAAAAAAAACGAAACAAAAAUAAAACCACCACAGAUCAUUUCAUUUCAGUAUAAAAAGGACAACUUGUUUUUGAUGCAUUUGCGGUUUUGUGUUUAUAUAAAUGACUAUUGUAAUGCCAAUAUGAAACAGCUUGUGAAUGUUUAGUGUGCUGCUGCUGUACGUAUAUCAACAAAAAUGGUAAUUAAGGUUAUUUGGUGGGAUUUGCUUCUAAGCAUUACUUUAAAUAACCAUAAACCUCCCUCAACAAGGUAUACCUCAGUUCCACAUCUGACGAAUAGUAAUCUUGUUAACACUAAAACAAUCUGAAUAUAUCAGUUGAUCUCUGUUCGGUAUUUAUGCAUUAAAAAAAAAAAAAAAAAAAAACACAUUUUAAAAGAGUAAGCUAUACUCUUUGCCAACAGAAAAUGGCCAUUCAUACAACAGUGUUUUUGCCUUUUUUUGUUUUAGCUUCUUGUAUAUUAAUUUGCCCUGCUGUUUCUAAAUAAUUAUUUCAUUUGUGUUUGUUUUAGUCAAGUAUAUUUUUUAAAUUCCCCUCAAUUUAACUUAAAAAAAGUUGUGAAAGCACUUUCCUUUUUAGGUUUCCUAUGUCUGUGAAAUAUUUAAGAAUACGUGCAUGCCUUUCUUUUCAUCCCUUGUGAGCUGUGACAGCGAUAUUCCUAAAUGUUUUUUUCUUUGUUUUUAAGUCGUUCCUUUUUUCCUACUGUUGGUGUGUUGCUUUUUCUCUACCUUUUACCAGAUUCACAGUUAAAGGUCUUCUGGUAUCACUGUAUCAAAUACACCUCAGGAAGCUUUGUUUCUAAAACCCCUCUCUCUGCUUCGAGCUACAAGUGACUUUUUGGCACGCAUUUUGAUGCCAGUAAACAUUCAACAUCUGUGGUGUAAAUUAUACACAACAAAUGCAUUAAUUGAUGGGACUAGAACUGGGGGGAGGGGGGGGGGGGUACACUUGUGUGUGCUUGUGUAUUGAAAACUGUUAUUAGAGAAACCGUCAAACUCAUCUUUUUAAACUUAGGUAGAAAAAGAAAACACAACCUACGGAAAAUAUAGGAGUGUAUCCAGAAACAUGUUCAUUAGCAGUUAAUAUACUGCAUUUUAUCACAUUUAAUACUUGCAGAAAAUCCUUUUGUAUUUAAAGUUUGGUUUUUUUCCCCCCACAGAUGUUCUACAUUGCUUUUUUUUUUUUUUUUUUAAAGAAGUUCAGGGAUACAAUACUAUGCUUUACUAAGUUAAUUAUAUGCAAUCAAUGCAGGUACAACAACACACUGACAUUGCCAGUUUGGCAAAUUUGACAAAAUUGUAGCAUUUUUAAAUAAUAAACUUUCAAGUGCUGUUGUCUUUAUUUCUAGACAAUAACAUUGCCAGGUCUGAGAGGUUAGGAGCAGGUGCCAACUUUAUUGUAAAUGUACACUAACACUACAUCUGCUUUUCUUUUUUGACAAGAUCCGGAUGUAAGAAGAUAGGUGUGCUUAUUUGCAUUCAGAUAAAAUAACAGAAGGUAGUUAUAUUUUAAAUGUGGGUCGUUUGUCUCAAACAGUAUUCAUAUAAAUGAAAGGGACAAAGUGUUUUUUCUCAAUAUCAACAAAUAUAAUCUUAACUGUGAAUGUUUUUGCAUAUUGCAAAUUAGCAGCUUUAGAAAAAAAUCAGUACACUAAAAUAAGUAAAUAUAUACUUACUGCUGAAAUCUGUGAGAACAUUUGUAAAAUAGGUCACCAGACUCCAAGCAGGGAGGGGUGGAAGGCGUAUAUGCAAUUGCCUAUGUAUUACACCUGCCAUUGUGUUCACUGUAGCUAUGUGACUCUACCCUAUUUCAGGUUACUGGUACUACUGGAUGUGAUUUGUCUCCAUUAUAAAUAUUAAAAAAAACAAAGGCAUCUUAAAUACAUCAGAGUGCGCACUUAGCUGUUUUGUUUGCAGUUGUUCAUAGGGUUAGUCAUCUUUUUCAGCCUCAGGCAUCAGAUUUUAAAGUUGGCUCUUAAUCUAAGCAACUUUGUUGUGUGAAGAAUUGCACAACCAAGUUUUCUAGCAACAGCAAAUAGUACACCUGGAAAACACCCAAUCAGGCUGAAAGAACCCCACACUACUCAGUGCCACUGCUUACAAAGAGCAGGAGCACAAGCGGGCUGCUCAUAACUAGCUGCACAUCCAAAUGACAUUGGUAUGGGCCUGGCUUUAGAAAAACAUUACUGUAAUUGUAUAAAAUCACACUUAUUUCUGGUAUUAUUUAAAUUAAUAAAAGCCAAACCCUUAACAAAAGACUGUCACCAGAAUUUAUAGAUAAUGCACAUUAUGUAAAUAUUGAUUUUGUUCUAGAAUGUGGAUAAGCAUGAGUUUUUCAAGUUAGCAUACAGAAAUAGCCUGCAGUAGCAAGUACAUGUUUUUUUCUUUUUUAAUAAUGCAUUUGUAUACAUUUAUCUUUAAGCUCAAAUAUUGUCACCUCGUUUUUUCAGUAUAAGGUUAUUUUUUUAACUUUUGGACAAAACACUACAAUUGACACCUUGGAUCUUAACAUUGUUUACCUCAGAGAUCUGACCAGCAGUGUUUUAUAAUGCAGUUUCAGUUCAUGUGACACACAUUACCUCUCAAUAUGCCAGAAAGCUAUUAUAUUAGCUUUAGUCUAUGUAUCUCUGCUGAUGUUUUAUGUGUCUUGGGCACAAAUGACUGUACUACUGUCAAAGUGUACUUGCCGUAUUCUGCAAGUAUUAACAAAUGACUUCAGAGGCUUGGUUGGAAGUGAUUGUUAAAUAUUGUACAGAUAAAUCAUAUGCUACCCCCCUUAACAAUAAAGUAUAGUGAGUGCUCAA